AUGGGUUCUGUCCUCUCUCGUUGUCUUAAUCGUAAGAAACGCAGUGUUAUCAUCAUUGGAGCGGCCGAUAGUGGUAAAACCCAACUUAUUCAAAACAUGAAGAAAGAUAAGUAUAUGACUGAGAAGACAACUAGUAUUUAUGAGCAGCACCUAAUUAGGGCCAAGGGCUAUGCUUUGGAUCUUUUUGACUUAUCUGGAGAUCCAAAACAUUCGCAGUUUUGGAAGUUUUAUACUGAAAGUAGUCAUUUAGUUGUGUUUGUGGUAGAUGUGUCUUCAAAAGAGAAGAUUGUGCAAUCUAAGGAAGUAUUUGAGUCAUUUUAUACCUCUUACUGUAUGCAGAAAGAGAACUUAAUCUUUAUCUUAAACAAGAUAGAGGAAGGACCUCAGGAGUCUCGAGAUGAGAUGAUAAGCAUGUUCCAUGAUCAAUUCCAAGGAAUCUUUGGGGUUAGUAAGCGCCUAACUCACAAGAUGCUGGUGGUGAAUGCAGCAGAGCCUCGUAAGGCCCUGACUUUCAUCUGUAAGUCACUAAAGCAAUAA